AGCCAGCUGUAGCGGCGGGGCACAAGCGGCAUCAUGUCUGGAGCUGCGAAGGCUAAGUCGCAAACGAAAACAAGUGGGCGCCCAAGCGUUGGCCAUUUUCUCAUGACACCAGUGACCGACGUCGCCAGCGAACCCCGCUUGCAAAGGAUCAGGAAGCUAAUACACAUCCCUCGCGUGCGCAAUAUUUUGCAGGCCGCGUUCAACAAAAUCCCAAACAGUGGGCCCCUCCUGCCCCUCAUCAACGGCGCGUUGGUGCUGGGAGCGGUGGGCUACUGCGGGUACAACUCGGUAUUCACAGUGGAUGGCGGGCACCGUGCGAUCGUGUUCAACCGGCUGAGCGGGGUGAAGGAGGGGGUCAUGGCGGAGGGGAUGCACUUCAUUAUCCCCUGGUUCGAGUGGCCUUACAUCUACGACUCGCUAACUGGGUCUAAGGACUUGCAAAUGGUGAGCAUCACGCUCCGUGUGCUGACCAAGCCCGAUCCCUUCAAGCUCCCCUUCAUCUACCGCAGGUUGGGCAAGGACUACGAUGAGCGUGUGCUGCCGUCCAUCGUGAACGAGGUGACCAAAGCCGUGGUCGCUAAGUACAACGCCUCCGAGCUCCUCACCAAGCGAGAGGCCGUUUCCAAGAACAUCCGGGACGCGCUGCAGAGGCGGGCGGGGGACUUCGGCAUCGUGAUGGAGGACACGGCCAUCACCCAUCUCAGCUUCAGCAGAGAGUACACGGCUGCCGUCGAGGCCAAGCAGGUUGCCCAACAAGACUCGGAGCGUGCCAAGUACGUCGUCGAGAAGGCUCGCCAGGAGAAGAUGAGCAUCGUCAUCAAGGCAGAGGGAGAGGCGCAAUCGGCCAAGCUGGUCGGAGAGGCCAUCAAGGACAACCCGGGGUUCAUCCAGCUCCGACGCAUUGACGCGGCGAAGGAGAUCGCGUCCACCGUGGCAAGGUUCGCUGGGCUGUUCGAGCACAAACACGAGUCAGUUUUUGUGAACUUGGGAGACGUCCCACGGCAGGUGUCAGCCAGCUGUGGGUUGGUUCUGCUGCCUGGUGCUCUCUUCUUUUAA